AUGAAUACAGAUAAUAUAGAUAAUAACGAGAAUCUAGCCUCCGUUACUCCGAGGCCAAGGUUAAAUACCGAAGGUCGUGGCUCCGACACGACAUCGCGACGAUCUUUUUAUCUUAGUAACCAAGCACAAUCACCGGCUGUCUUAAAAAAACAACUACAAGAUCAACUAAACGAAAAUGCUGACUUAGCUGCUGCUCUUGUAAAACAACAAUCAGAAUUACAAGAUCAAAUAAAGGCAUUAGAUAGUACUGAAGGUAAUGAAGUCCCUCAAGAACUAAAAAAUAAAUUAGCUGACCUUGAAAAAGAAGCUGGUGCUAUACAUGAAAGCUCCGCAAAGGUUCUUCUGGGUUCAAAAAGUCUACAAGACGUGGGACUAGAGUCACCAAAUACUUCAACUCCAACAACUCCUUCUAUAGAAACAACAACACCAACUCAAACUAUAGGAAAAUCCUCCUCAAGGCGUGAUCGUAAUGCGCAGAAAGGUCGUCAAAAAGAUAUAGAAUUUGCUACUGAAAUAGGUCAAGGUUUAUUACAAGAAGUUAGACGUUUACAAGCUUUAUUACAUGAAAAAGAAGAAAGAAUAAAAGAAUUAGAAGCUGAAAAGGCUGAAUUAGAACGUACUAUUGAACAACUUAAUAAAAACUUGCGAGCAAAUCAAGAAUCUAAAGAUCGGUUAAACGAACAAGUUUGGGCUCUGGAAUUAGCUAAGCAAGAUCUUAGCUCACAAUUAGAAGACUUGCAUCAACAACUUACUAAAGCUCGUAGUGAUUACACAAAGAUUGAAAAAGCUCUUUCAACUGCGACUGAUGUUAUAGAACAACUUAAAGAUAAAGAAGAAAGAUUAACUUCAAAUCUUGAGAAUUUAAAAACUCGACAUGAAAAAGAUAUGGCAAAUAAUCGAAGGCAUAUUGCUGCUCUUAAUAGAGAAAAAGCAGAUUUGUUAAAAAUUGUUGAUGAUUUAAAAUCUCAAUUAGAUUCUUUUGUAAAUGCCUCAAAAAUUAAGAAAAGUACUAAGGAUACUGGUACCGGUUCAAAUAAUAUAUCAUAUGAUGAAGAUGGUCAGAUUAUUAGUAGUGGUGAUACUGAUUCAAGUAUUCCUCAGGAUUCUCUUAAUAAAAAUGUGAAUUCUCAAGAAACCAUGAAAGCUCUUGGUGUUGCAAACCGUAUGAUUGGUAGCCUUCGCGCUAAUCUCCAAAAAGAAAAAAGUGAAAAAUAUGAAUUAAAGAAAUUAUUAUCUGAUAGAGAAGAACAAAUUGAAGCUAUGCGUGUAGAACUUUAUGAUGCCUUACCUGAUCAAUCAAAACAAGGAAACCUUGAACCAGGUGAUCGUUCCAUUAUCUCUGAAAAUUAUUUACUUUCUAAUGAUCUUGAAAAGAUAAAUAAGGACAAUCGUCCUUCAUCCAGUUGGUUCAAUAAGGCUAAAAACAAAAUUAAAGCUGCAAGAAGGGAUGAAGCCUUUAGAAAAUUAGAUAAUUCUACUUCUCGAGGGAUAGUGAGUGAACCUGAAACUUUUGAAGAUAGUAGACCUAGAAAUUCCGAUUUAAGGUAUAAAGACUCGGUUGUUCGUAGACGUGUUACUGAAUAUGAAGAUAUUAGUAAACAAAAUGAUGACGAUGAAAGCAUUAUUCAUAGAAGCUCUCAAAGUUCAAAAGUCGGCGAGCCUAGAUCUCCAUCUGACGAAAAAAGACGUACAAAUUCUGGAAAUUCUCUCAUGGAAGGUGAGUAUGAAUCAUCAACUGAUUCAUUUGCGACAGAAAAUGAGUCAAACAUUGAUUCUAAAAGAGGAUCCGCAAAAUCAAAAAGAGAAACAAACCAAGAUGUACUUUCAUAUAAAAUAGAUUCUUCUCCAACCACUCGAUCAAUUCCCAAAGAAUCUACCAUAAUUAAAACAUUCGUAGAUGUUGGUGUACAAACUGAAUCGAAAACUGAACGAAGUGAUUCAAUGUCCAGCAAACUUACAUUUGGAACUAACAGAGAUACCAUGAUCUCUGAUAAUAUCCCUCACGAUUCAAAGUAUGAUCAAACCAGCCAAACUUUGACCGUACCUGAUAAUGGUAACAAAGAUAACAAACGAUUCACACUUGAUCUUAGUUCAUCAUCAAAUAAUCAACAAUCUCAACCACCACGAAGUAUUUUACAAAAUACAAAUAAACAACAAGGACCAAUUCAAAGUUUGGAUCCACCUCCACGCCCCGCUAAUGGACCAUCAGCAACACUAAUACAACGUUUACCGGCCGCCGUUAAUUUUGGUCAACAAGCUGGUACACCAAAAGUUCAAAAAUCACUUGAUAACGCACGUAAAAGUUCAGCAGAAUCACAAGAUGGUAUACUAACUAAUGGUAAAUCAAGAGGUAUUAAUAAUAUAAAUGCUGGUGAACCUACCACAUCAAGAUUUCACGAUCAUUCGUCCAGUUCUGUCUCAACGUCGAGCAGCGCUUCGAUAACGGCAGAUACAACGAAUAGUAAGUUACCAGAACAUAAUGGAGGACCAUUGCCCGGACCAUCCGGCACGGACCCAACUAUCAUUCAUGCGAUCACUCAAACCAUGAUUGGUGAAUAUUUGUGGAAAUAUACUAGACGUAAUUUCGGGAGUGAUAAACGACAUAAAAGGUUCUUUUGGGUUCAUCCAUAUACCAAAACUUUAUAUUGGAGCAACAGAGACCCUGGUAAUUCAGAACCCGUUGAUCCCAAAACAAAGAGCGGAACAUCAUAUUUUGCAUAUAUAGAGUCAGUAAAACAAGUUGAAGAUAAUAAUCCUUCACCUCCCGGUUUACAUCAUAUGAGUUUGAUCAUCAGGACCCCAGAAAGAGAUUUAAAAAUUACAGCACGAUCUAAGGAACGACAUGACUAUUGGUACCAGGCACUAAAGUAUUUGCUUCAACAAAAAACGGAUGAAUCAGACAAAGUUAAUCAAGGACAAGGCCAAAGCCAAGGUCAGACAACCGGACGACCAGGAAAAAUGGCAUCAGAUCCUUGGGAUAAGCAACCAAAUACUCGUAGCUUGUACGAUAGUACGUCGCCAACUGGAUCAUUAAAAGGCGGUAACCUUAAGAAAAAGUCCAGUUUUAAUAAAAUUCAAUCAAUAUUCCGACGUCAAGAUCAAUCAUCAUCACCCCUUUCAUCUGAAGUGAUUGAUGGACAAUCACAACAACUUACGGUACCUGGAACGCAAUGUUGUGACGGUCGUCAUGACGUUAGCAAACUUGAACGAGCCGGUACUCAUAAAGGGCAUAAUCACCAUUUCUAG